GUAGUAAACGUCACUAUUUUUCUCGGACGCAUCUGACGAUGUAAACAAGAGAAGACAGUCGAGCGCAACAGGGAAAUCGAGCGCUCCGGCGACACCUCGGAUUAAAAGGCUUUUUUUUCGAGGGGGCGGGCUCGCGAUCGGCCCGAAAUGGGGCUCCCGGUUACUAUAAAAGUCAAUUUUCGAGGGAACGUCAAGAGAUUGCUGGCGGGCGACCUGGACAAACUGGAGUGGAGCUCGGUGGAAGCCUGGAUUAAAGCGUCAUUUGGAAUUAACCACUUUCAAGUGAAGUACUUUGAUGAGGACAGCGAAGAGAUUUGCAUCAACAGUCAAGACGAGUACGAGGAAGCCAUCAAGAGCGCCGAGAAGCAGGGCAACCACCUCAACAUGAACGUGUACAAGAUGAAGGGACAGGCAUGCGGGGGGCCGCUCAAGACCGAGGUCAAGGAGCUGAAGGGUGACCUCCGACCCGCGCCCCCCUACCCGUCGCGGGUCAAGACGGUGGACAAGGGCACGCAGGUCACCCCGGAGCGAGAAGCUGUGACCGCCAAGGACAACAAGGGGACCAAAUCAGAAGAUGAGCCUCCUCCCAUGUGGUUCAGAUCUUACAUGGAGAAGUUUAAAGACGAGGUGGUAAAGGAAGUGGUGGAGCGCAUGUGCAGUGACUUCUCCGGCCAGUGUUGUACGCACAAGUCUUCUGCGGCGCCGCCUCCCGAGGCCAGCGGGCCCAGUUACGCUCCCGUCAUGGGGCCCAGGCCUGGACCCCCCGCCGCCACUGUGGGGCCCAGGCCGGGCCCCUCAACCUCCAGCGGGGCUCUUGGUUACACCCCAAACUGCAGCAGCUGCAACAAACUCACCUCUGAAGGAGCCUACAAGUGCAGUGUCUGCCCGUCCUGCAUCCUGUGCGAGAUGUGUCGGCACAGCCACGACCCCAGCCACAACCUUGUGAGAACCAAGACGCCCCUGUCCAUCCCCGAGCACGGAAUGUCAGGAGAAUUGAGGUUCCCACGGCGAGGAGACAGGACGGUGCGCAAGGCCGAGCGACAGCGCCUCAAAGCGGAAAGGAGGCAGCUGCGAGCUGAAGUGAAGGAAAUCAAGAAGAAACUGAGACUGGAGAAGCGGGGCCUGCAGUGGAGCGGGCCCUCUACCUCGGGCCGAGCCGCCGCCCUGACUAACACGGCCUCCGCCUCCACCCAGGCCCCCGCCCCGCUGCCCCCGCCCGCUGCCUCAGACACAGCCUCAGGUCCCGCCCCUGCCCCGGUCCCUGACCCCCAGGCCUCCAGUCCAGAGGGUCCCGGGGCCUCGCACUCGUCCUUGCUGCCCACUAUGGCCGCCUUGUUUCUGGAUGAAAAUCUGCCGGACGGCACCCGUCUGGAACCCGGCACCAAGUUCAUCAAAUACUGGAAGAUGAAGAACUCGGGAACUAUCGGCUGGACCCCCGAAACCAAGCUGGUGUUCAUGUGGGGCAACCUCGGCCUGGCGUCAGAGGAGAGGAGGUCGGUGACCAUGCCCCAGCUGCUACCCGGCCAAGUCGGCGUGGUUAGCGUGACAUUCGUGGCGCCCGUGAUGGAGGGCACGUACACCUCACAUUGGCGGCUGGCGCACCGUGGUCACCAGUUUGGGCCACGCGUGUGGUGCAGCAUCGUGGUCGAGCCCGGCAACGGACUCAACGCGCUUCAGCACCACCGGAAACGACUGAGGGAGCAGCUGAGGCCGGGUGCGAAGGAUGAUGAGGUCCGGCCUAAGGAGGGCUUGUCUGUGGACAUCAGCCACAAUGGCUUCUUCCUGCCUUAUGUAGACCUGCUGACCGCUCAGGAUCUUCUUUCCUUCGAGUUGAUGGAUAUCAACAUUGUGCAGGAGCUGGAGAAAGUUCCUAACAACACUCCCGUGGAUUUGACACCCUGCAUCUCCCCUUUGCCCCAUGAUGCACCAGGACCAGAAAAAGCGCUCACUGCGGAGAUAAAAGACGACUCGCAGGUCACAGGUGUCCGAAAAUUUUUCGGAGUGCAAACCAGGCACCAGAGGGAGCACGCGUGGGAGGCGGCCACCCCGGAUGAGGAACGCGAGGAGGAGAUCAGCGGUGCUCAGUUCCUAUGUGAGACGCUCAUGCGCUCCCUCACCCUGGAGGAGGCCCCCGACCACAGGCCCGUACGCAGGAGCCAGCAACAUGCUGGCUACCAGGCGCAGGUUGUCUUGCGAGGUUCCAGCUUCGGCCUGGAGAGGGAGCCGCCGUCUGACAAGGGCGAGCGAGAAGGAAACGAGAUGCCAGCUCCUGAAUCGGAAGCGCUUGGUGACGUGCUGCCUGCUGAUGACGAUGAGGAUGAUGAAGAUGAACGUGAUGAUGUGAAGGAUUGCAAGGAAGAGAAAGCGGACGACUGGGAUGAUGUGAGCAGCCAGACGUCGUCGUCGUCCUCCUGUGACGACUUCAUCAUCGUCCUCCCCGACUGCUUCGACAUGAGUCGUCCACUGGGGGAGUCCAUGUACAGCUCGGCCAUGUCGCACCCCGACGCCGUCGUCACCGCCACGCUGGCCAGCCCCGAGCCGCUGCGAGAGGAGGACUACGCCUCAGACAUGGACGAGGCGUCGCCACCGCCAGGAGAGGACGACGAGGACCAGACGGAGGUUGACGAGGACCUGGCUGGCGACGCUCCGCCCUCGCCCGCCCUCGCCAUCCACAGCAGCGUUAACCAGAUGCUGUGCACCUCACAGACCUUGGACGCCGCCACGCUCACACCAGAAGUGGUGCCCCCUCCGCCGGGCAUCUACUCGCCCAGGUCAGAGGCUUUGUACCUGGCGGAGGACGCUUGUCACGCAGUAGAUGAGUCACACACAGCGAGGGUCCACGCCAACGUUUCAUCGGGCCUAUCAAGAUCUGCAGGCUCAGCAUCCAGCGCCUUUGAGACGUACAACCCCAGACCCAGCAACGCAUUGCAGCCCAGGGGUCAAGGAGGCCUCACCGAGGGCCUAGUCAAGGGGGCCCUCUCAGUGGCUGCGUCCGCUUACAAGGCUCUGUUCACUGCGCCCAACUGUCCCAUACAGCGUGGCGUGGACCCGGCGGCCCGCCAGGAUCCCUCCCUCAUGGCCAUGCUGCUGGAGAUGGGCUUCCGGGACCGGCGUCUCAACCAGCAUCUGCUGCGCAAGCACGGCUACAACCUGCUGCACACCGUCAACGAGCUGGUGCAGAUAGCCGAGGAUGCGCCGCCCGGACGCGCCGUCCAGGCUCGCCACUGACGGGAAGGCGCCAGAUGAUGUCUUUUUUCCUUCUUCUUUAAUUUCCUCUCCAAUAUCAAUCAUGUUGAGACAUAUUUAAAGGGUGAGCAGAGUACCGUUGUGUUAAUUUGGACCAAGUGUGGUAGUGAAGAGCUGCUUGUAGAUGAUUCUGAUUGGUGGUUGGCUUUAUAUGUGAGGCGAAAAUCGAAAGGUUUUAGUGUUUUUAUAUCAUCUUUUUUUUAAGGGGCUCGCGCUAACGUCCCUUUUCCACUGCAUGAUACCUACAUGGCACGUUGGCACUAAGUACUAUUUCUAGUACCAGCUCAGACAGGGUUCCAAACACAUGCUUAGCUUGGUCUCCACUUGACUGCAGCGCUUCCGUUUUCUCGCUGCCCUCAAGCUCAUUUUGGAAACGAGACAGAAUACAGGAGAAAUCCAUUGUCCUACGUUGUUGUUGUUUUAAUAGCAUUUGGCUGCACAGUACUCCUGUUUUCUUGCUGUUCUGAAUCUCCUUUUGGAUCAAAUUGGCCUCGUUAUGAAAUCAGCAAAAACACACAUGCUUACGUAUGUUAGCUUUUUUCUCUCGCUGCCCUCAGUCUCCUUUUGGAUCAAAUUUACCGCCUUUGCUGUGGCACAAAGUUCUAUUUCUAUCACCUACUCAGACAUGGUUCCAAGCAUGCGAUGGAAGAAAUGAGCAUAAACAUACACAUGCUUAUGUUAGCUUGAUCCAUAGUCUCCACUUGGCUGCAGCGCUUUGGUUUUCUCCCUCCUCCUUUUGGAUGAAAUUUGCCUCCUUCGCUGAGAUUACAGGAUAAAUCAGUGUUCCUACAUUGUUGUAAUCGAGUGGUGCACUUAAUGUGGUGGGGUUUUCACAGUUUCUGGCAGUACCGUACCCACCCGUCCAAUCCGAAGCCCAGUCGUGCCGAGCCGGGCUGGUACAUCACAGUGGAAAAAGUGACGAGAGUGCGACCAAACAGUUGAAUAUGGUAGAAAAGUGCAAAUACCCUUUCUCCGUUUAACCGUAGUCCACUCUGCCUAAUCAAUGCAAUCUUUUUUGUAUCCGAGUACUGUUCUUUCUCUUUUAGACGUUGACGUGUGGAAUGUAUACAAAGAAUAUAUACCUAAAUAUAUAUAUAUCACGGCGGGAGUUUCGAGUGGUGGUCCGCUUGAUGCCUUCUUCCCGCUCUUUCACCAAAACCUAGCGAUGCUCGUAUUAGCAAACCUGAGAUGUCUCCGCAAACAACACAUUCCUCAAUCUCCAGUGGUACCAACACCUUUUAUUAUGACUGCUGUCAUUGUUAUUGCCUUUUUAAUCAAGCAUCCACAUGAUUAGUUGAUAGAGUGGCUUGUUUUGCGGUGCGUGUUUUGGAGCAGAUUCCUAUUCUUUUAUCGGCGUGAGUGUGGUUCUGAGGUUUCUGUGUGUCGUGUUGUCCGUGUCGUGCCGAAUGUCAAGAUAGUUUCGAAAAGAUCCGCUUCUCACAUCAUCUUCUGCAAACUCUUUCACAACCCUUCUGCUGUAGAUCCCAAAAUAAACAAUUUGCACAUGG